AUGGAACAAGUUAAGCUAUUUGGAGCUUUUCCAAGCCCAUUCAUUUACAGAGUAAUCUGGGCUCUGAAGCUCAAGGGUGUACAAUAUGACUACAUAGAAGACGAUGAUCUCUUCAACAAGAGUAAUUUGCUCUUGGAGUAUAACCUAGUUCACAAUAAGAAGGCUAUUGUUCUGUUCGUGGAGUUCCAAUUGCAGAUGUUUUGGUCUGUUGGGGAACAACAGGAGAAGGCACUCAAAGAGGCCUCAGAAGUGUUGAAAACCAUUGAAGAGUGUGGUGGUCUUGGAGAGAAGAAGUUCUUCGGUGGAGACAGUUGA